UUUCGGCAAAGGAGGAAACUUCAAUGGAUACUUCCAAGAAAUUUAGAAAUGCAGUCCACUGCUCCAAGGACCAGAUACGUCGUGAACAAAUUCAUUUUUUGAAAAGAAAUUCAGAUUUUGGCCUCCAGCUACAAGGUGUAUCGACUACACAAUGCGCGAGCUCUCGCCGUAAUUCUUCGUCUUCAACAACUGAAUCUCAUCACUCCGUCGAAACGUCUACCACAAACCAAUUUCGUGCUUCUUCCCACAACGACAUAUUAGCUCCUGUCAGCAACAAUUACAAUAAUACUAGCUCCAGAGGAGCGGAUUUGGAGUAUUCCCCAUCUGCCAUGUCGCUGCUUCAAAAUUUGUUUGACCCCGACGACUCUGGUGACGAAAAUCCAUUUUUGAGAGACACUGCUCUCGAGUUGGACUGCUCGGAGCUGGAGUACUCACCACGAUCGAGUGACAUUGACGACGAUGAUUUUGACUCAAUUUUCUGGGAGGGCUUCAUCCACGCAGAAGACUUUAAUAUCAUUUUGAAGCCUUCAAUUUGAUUUCAUACCAAUCCUAAUGAACUUGGAAACGAAACGAACAUUGGAACCAUUAUCAUGCACGAAACCGUGCCGUGAUGCGAGGAAUUUGCGCUGAUUGAUUGCCAUACCGUGCAUAUUUAUUUAUCCGAAUUUAUUGUGUGGUAUUUGUAAUAAAAAUCACUGGUACCCUUGUAAAUGGCGACCACGUACAUGCAAAACCUUAAAAGUGAAUCAAACAAAUAAAAAACCAGU